AUGACCACCCUCUUAGAAACUCCCUCCUAUUCAGAAACUAUUGGCUACUCAUUCUCUCGGGGAUCUAAUAAGCAGCAUGGCUUCUAUCCAUAUACUGAUAACGGAGGUUCUACGUUGGGAAUCACCGGCCCUAGCUUCACAAUCCUGGCUGGCGAUACCCGAUCCGUCUCUGGAUACAAUAUCAACACACGCUUCGCCCCUAAAGUGUUCAAAAUUGGCGCGGAUGAGGCCGGUGAAGGAGGCCAUAUAGUGUUGUCUGUCGUUGGGUUUUCAGCAGAUGGUCAAGCUUUGAAGGAGCGGCUCGACGCCAUUGUUAAAAUGUAUGAGUAUCACCACGGGAAACGCAUGUCUGUCAAGGCUUGUGCACAGCGUCUUUCAACCAUUCUAUACUCAAAACGCUUUUUCCCUUAUUAUGUCCAUGCUAUCCUCGGCGGUUUGGAUGAAGAUGGCAAAGGCGCUCUUUAUAGCUACGAUCCUGUCGGUUCCUACGAGAGAGAAUUUUGCCGCGCCGCAGGUGCUGCUUCCAGCUUAAUCAUGCCAUUCUUGGAUAACCAGGUGAAUCUCAAAAACCAAUAUGACAAUAUCAACGGCCAAAUGGUUGCAAAAACACCAGAGCCAUUAUCAAAACAAGCUGCUUCAGAGCUAGUUCGCGACGCGUUUACGAGUGCUGUCGAGAGACAUAUUGAAGUUGGCGAUGGCUUGCAAAUGAUGGUUAUCACGAAGGACGGCAUAGAAGAAAUUAUCAGCCCUCUCAAAAAGGAUUAG